AUUAAUGAACAACAAAAAAAGACGAAGAUAAACAAACUGCAUAGAAGAGGACCACGCGAGAAGGAGUGACACGUACAGGCUAAGUUAAGCGCGCAGGGCGGCUUCUCAGUCGUCAGAGCGGAGUGGUUGACUCUUUGUCUUUCGUUUGAUAGCAAUACAAAGAAAAAUCUUCACCAUGCGGCGCCUCGUUUUCGUCGGCCUUGCGCACAACGGCGUGCAGGUCGCGCGGAGUAGUAACGACCACAACCACGCUGCGUCAAGUACCUCUUCAAGCAGCUCCAGCGGAAGUUCCCGGAUGUUGCGCCGUGAGCCUAAGGUUGUCGCGCAAGAAGGGACAUCGACUCAGGAUAAAGGAACGAAUGCUCUUGAAGCACAUUCAUCAACAAGAACACAAUCGGACUCACCUUCUUUUCUUGAGCAAGCAAAUGAUGAUAAAACCACGAGGAUAUCAUCAUCAUCGUCAUCAUCAAACCGACACUCACCAACUACCGACAAGAACAACCAGGUGAACCAGGACCAGCAGCCUGCCUUUCUGAAUGAAGAAGGUGGAGUGGAGGUAGGGCGAAUACCGGAGCAGGCUCCUGCCGGUGGAUCGAAUUUCGGAGCUGCUAGUGAAUUGGAGCUUGCUGAAGGAGAGGCUGUAGGGGAAGGAGAACGUAUACAUAAAUUUUUCAUGGAUUUGUCUUGUUCAUUCAUUUUCGGCUCUGAGCUAUCGCAGCUAUAGCUAAAGUUCUUGUAGUCUCUUGUUGCCAUGCGCAUGCAUGUGCAUGCGCACGACUGGAGCCACCACCUUGCGCUGGUUAGAUGAUGAUGAUGAUGAUGAUGAUGGGUCUGUUCUACAUAUUAGCUGGAACAAACAAAAUCAAAAACGGAGGUCGUGGCGACAAAAAGGAUAAGAAAGACAAGAAAAAGGACAAGAAGAAAGACGACAAGAAAAAGGACGACAAAAAGGACGACAAGGGUGCUGAGGCGGGCGGGAAGAAAAAGAAGGAGGAGGCGAAGCCACAGGGCGAUCGAGCCGGGCAGCAAGUGACCGUGGCUGCAGCCGGUUAUGA